UGAUUAAUAAAUCAAUGUGCUCUAGUGGUGUCAUUAAACAAAAACGUUUUUUUCUUUUUUUUCAUAUUUGGAUUUUUUGUGAACCAGACGAGUAUUUCAUCAACACAACAUCAGUACCAAGCUCAAGAUCAAAUGCCUUCUGUGACAGUAAGGAGAAAUUUGUAAACGUUUCAAGAAUAACUUAAAAGACUGCUACAAAAAAUAUAUAAUAUACUAAUAAUAUAUAUAUUUUUUAAUAGCAUUAAUAAUAAAUAAAUGAAUAAAUUAAUUUUAAAGUUUCUCCUUUUUCGGCCUCGCCUUUGUCCCACCUUGCCUUCAUGUAGUGCACCUGCCAUCUGUCACCACUGAAAAUAUGACAGUUGAACCCCACUUUUAAUACUUUUAUUAUCUGGCUUGCUAUACGAGGGACCCACUAUUGAAUUCACCGAUCACCAACAGCCGCGACCAGUUCACCAGCUGUUUGUUUAUUUGUUUUCAAGGUACUGUACACAUUACACUAUGUAAUAUUGCCCUCCACCCAACUGGUGCUUUUCAACCAGGAAGCUAUCCGACCUAUUAACCUAGUUUGCUGUUGCCCGUCAUUGGACACUGUAUUGGCUUCUUAUAACUUGGUAUACACAUGUCAAUACUGUUCUCAAUAAAGAUAACGAUAAUUUUAACUUGCAAGCGUACGGUAUGUUGAUAGUUGCAUUAGCCCUAGCUUGGGUACUCUGCAAAUGGUAAAACAACUAAGCCCCAAGUGUUGAAUGUGCGCCAAUGCCGUUUGACUUUUGAUGUAUUUCACAAUAUAUAAAUAUAUAGUCCUACACUAUUUUCCAUAAAUAUUUCACCGAAGCUAGGGUAUUUAGUUAUUACCUAAAUUCAUCCCCAGAAUGUGAGAAUUGAUUUAUGUUUUCCACGAACUGACGUGUUUCUCUGAGUGGACUUUCCAUAUCUAAAAAUAAGACAUUUCUGAUAGGUAAAUCACGUGACCCGUUUUCGCCGAAACCAGCUAAUUUUGGGAAAUCCCUAAGUGAGAAAAGGCAGCUUGUUCAUAAGAAGUUGGGUGAUAUAGUUUUCUAAAGAAUCAAGUUGAAUCAAAGUCACGAGUGUCAUUUAAGACCCCUGUCAUCAUUCAGAACAAUGAGUGAGCCUCACAAUCGACAGCGACUCCGACCCUGGCUGGAAGAACAGAUAAACAGGAAACGCUUCCCAGGGGUUCAAUGGCUGAGUGAGAAAGAAAAAAUAUUUAAGUUGCCAUGGAAACAUGGAGGCAAACAGGACUGGCAGGAGUCAGACUCUCUUAUCUUCAAGGAGUGGGCAAUACACACUGGCCGAUUUCGAGAAGGUAUAGACACCCCCGACUGGCCGAGUUGGAAAACGCGCCUCCGGUGUGCUCUGAACAAAAUGCCAGACAUCAAGGAGAUAAAAAAGAUGGGAAAUCUCGAUGGUCCCGAGCCUUUCAGAGUGUACCAGUUUCUUCCAAAGAAAGGAAAUGCAUCAGUCAGUUCACAAUCGGAUAACGAUGAUAUUGAUAACAGUUCCAUGGAUGUGAAGAUUGAACCCAAUAAUGAAUCAGUUGUGCCAAGACCUUUGAACAACAUUCCAACAUUUGUCAGCGAAUCGUUUGCUUGUGAAGAUAAAGAUGGCCACGUUCGAAGUCUGGACCAAGAUCUUAAAAAUAUUGAUGUGUGUGAUCUGAUUGGUGUAUCACACACAGCUACGACCAAUGACAACUUUGCUAAAGACGAAGCCAUGGAAACGGAUGAAAACACAGUGAUUGAAGAAGGUUCGUUUCCAACUGAUCAUAACACAGGUGCCCCUACCAAAAUUACAACAGACUCCUGCCUCUCGAUCCUCGAUUUCAUGACAGAUGAAACAAACACUCUUGUACAGCCAGGAGAAAAUGAAUUUAUUAUUCGGAUUAAAUAUCGCAACAAGGUUGUGGGCCAACAUCAAGUAAAGUUUGAGGGGUGUCGUUUGUUUUAUGGUCCACCGGUAGAUUCCCUACCUAGAAGUGAAGAGCAAGUGAAGAUAUUUGGUCCACCAACUAUGGAACAGAUCCAUUUUCCACCAUGCACUGAACUGUCCAAUCUGAGACAAGAGCGCCUCACUACUCAGCUGUUGAACGUACUCGACAGAGGACUUCUGCUUCAUUGCGAGGACAGAGACAUUUAUGCUACAAGAAAAUGCAGACUGGUAAUUUUUGUGGUACCAGCCAACAGUUCCAGCGUCCAUCCUGUAAAGCUGGAGCGAGAUGGUGCACCUGUUAAAAUCUUUGACUUUGCUAAGUUUGUGGACCGUUUACAGAAAUACCAGAAUGGUGCAAUUACAGUUCAACCAUCAGCUGAAGUUCUCGUAGGGUUUGGGCAGGACUGGAAGUCUGAGAACAAUCCUUCUAACAAUUUGUUGAUUUCUGCGUCCGUGUUUCACUCACUAGCAUUAUUUUACUUAGCCAAGUGCCAUCUGGUGAAUGUUGAUUGUCAUUCACUUCCCAGCUCUUGUCAGCUUCAGAUCUCACUCAAUGACAGCCUGGACUUGCGUCUUCGUAGACAGCUUGAAGAGCUGCAGACUCUGCACAGUGCUUUAAACAUGAACAAACCUCACUAUUUGAAGCAAGACCUUUAACCGAAGUUCAGCAUGCUUGACUACCCACUGCAAGUGUCCAAGUCUGAUGACUGGGACCAACUUGUUGAUAAGUUGAAAGAGUUGGUCAUGAAGAAUCCGCCUACAAAGUGAAAUGUGUCACCAUGAUGAUUUUCAAUGUGAUUUUACCAGUGCAAAGACUAGUACAAUUCACUUACAGUUUUGUGUGAUGUUUUGUUAAAUUCCUUUUUGUUAAAGCCAUCUUUCGCUAUAGUGGUGCAAGUCUUUAUGACUUCAUACCGGUACCAUCCUGGUUACAAAAGACAUGUUUUGGAUGGACAGUGAAACAUCUGGAAUGCUCGGAAUGCUAGACCAUCGGAAUUCAAUGAGAACUGUUCUUAAACUUCAUUACUCAAACAAAAUUGGAACUAAAACCUUAGAUUGGUGGGUUAAAUCUUAUCCAACAUUGUUUUUGAAGCAUCACCUAUCUUGCACAUAACAAUGGUAGUGGACAUAACAAUGGUAGUGGACAUAACAAUGGUAGUGGACAUAACUACUGAUAAUAGCAAUAGAGACUGAGAACUUCAUCAAAAAGAUCACCUGCAAAUUUGUUGUUGUCCUUUAAAAUUAUGAAAUAUAAACUCUUACAAAUUUAUGAAUGUUAAAUUGUGUCAACCCAGAAAGUGGAAAUGGCAUUGGACCCACACUUAAACACUAACAUCUGCCAGGUUUGAUGCUACUCUGAGGUUGGAAGUUGUCGAAACAGUUCAUUUGGGAUUGCAAUUAUUCUGGUUUCUAGAAUUGCAAAUCGAGCAUGCCCUAUGUGAUUUACAUAUGAUGUACAUACAUCUAGUAACUAGUGCUCUGUUUAACUGUUACUAAUAUUUUGAGAAAUUGUUUGUACAUAACAGAAAAAUACUGAACAACAAAAGAAUUGUGAAUACUUUAAUACUCUCUCUCUCUCUCUCUCUCUCUCUCUCUCUCUCUCUCUCUCUCUCUCUCUCUCUC